GUUACAUCAGUGUUGAGGUUGGUGGGGUGUUACUUAAGAGGGAAGGUGCUGAUAGGUGCUGUAGUCAGAUUGAAGUUAUUUGCUAAGGUAGUGAAGGAUACUCGUGAGCCAUGGACCAACCUGUGAAGCUGUUUCGUAUGGCUGAAGUUGCGAAGUGCAAUGACAGUAAACAGACUUAUAUUGUGAUACACAAUGCUGUGUACGACGUAACUGCCUUUUUAAAUGAGCACCCAGGUGGUGAAGAAGUUUUAUUGGAUCAAGCUGGGAAAGAUGGUACUGAAGCAUUUGAAGAUGUUGGCCAUUCUACUGAUGCAAGGGACAUGAUGACUAAGUACAAAAUUGGUGAACUAGUGGAGGAAGAUCGUGUUGAAACAAAAGUAAAACCUCCAGUGAACUGGGAUACUGAUAAGGAAACGAGUAACAGUUCUUGGAAAUCGUGGAUCAUCCCUGUUGCAUUGGGAGUUGUGGCAACAAUUUUGUACAGAUCGUAUUUUAUAGCACAGGGUCACUAACCCUAAUGUACCUUUUCAUAUGAAGAAAUGGAUGGAUGUUUAAAAUAUACAAGGGAGUUACUUGUUCUUCAUGGAGAUAAUUUAGUUGAAUAUCCAGUGAAGAGUGAGUGAGUGUGUCUGAGAGUAUCUGUAACAAACAAACAAACAAAAAAAAAAAACAAAAAAAUAUACACAAUAUUCCAUGAAGCACAGAGAAGCCAAUGCAGUGUUUAAAUUUUGAUUCUCGGGUUAAAAUGUUUUUAGUAAUUUGCUGUUUCAAAAGUUGUGAUGAACAAAUAGAUUAUGACACUUCAGUACAUUUUUCCAUAAGUAACUUUUUAGGCUGUUAUUGUGAGUUAAGGCUAUCUUAGUGUGAACCUUACAAAUAUAUCAAAAUUUGGGACUUAAUAUACUUUUGUGAUUAUUUGGAACUCCUGUUGAGAUGACUUAAGUCAGUAACAGUAUUUGUUUACGGCUGCAUAACACUUCUGGUACAGCCGUUCCAUUUUAUUUUGGUGUGAUUGUAAUUAUUAAAUAUUUUGAAGCAUAAUGCAAUGAUUUAUCAUAAUAUUGGCUUAAAGAAACCCAGACCAUUCAAAUUAAUUCUUCAUGAAAUUAUUUGGUGUGCAUAUUGUUUCAAAUCGUACCAAAGAAAGUUUUCUGAAGUCUGUCUUGUUAAUUAGUUUUGGCUUACAAAAUCAUCGGAAAAUGGCUGUAUAAGCAAAAGAACAUACUACUAAUAUAAAUAAAUGCUACAGCACAUUUGUUUUCAUUCAUUAGUAUGAAACAGUUCUUCUGAGCAGAGAUAAAAAGAAAUCUGUUAAAAUUUUUCAAUCUGUUAAGACUUAGCACUCUGUUGCACUAAUAGUGAUUGAAAAUAGGUAAUGGAGAUAGGUAUUCACUGAUCGUAAUAUUCACUAUUGCAGCUGAAACCAGACAAUGAAAUUGUAGGAGAAAAGUCACAAAGUAUGCCAAAAUAUUUUUAACAAGACUUGGAUGAUAAACAAAGCACCCAAAAGGAGCUGUGCAGUUCACACUGGUUAAUACUUAGUUAAAUCCACUGUAUUAAGUGCAUUUUCCUCUCAAAAGGUGUCAUUAGUUUUUCCUACAAUUAUCUCAUGAUCUUUCAUUAUCUGUGGCUGCAUCCAAAUAGUAUUUAAAGAGUCCUUAAUAUAUUUAAUGUAUUUAGAUAAAUGUUGUGGAAUUUGCGUAUUAACAUCUUUCACUGUACUGCAAAUGUCACAACAAGAAAGACUAUUGUAAUAAUUGUAAUAAGUUAGUGUGAGAUGAAAACUCUGUAUGAAUGUAGCCAUAUUUAUGUUUAAAACUGUGGCAUGAUAAAGAUACCUUGUGUGAAAUCCAUUAUUGUAGAUGAUAAAUACAGUUCAGGCAGCAAGGAAAGACUGUGUGCAUUAGCCGAAAUGUUUGAGGAUGUAAUUGUUUUGUAUUAUUCAUGUGAAUAUGCCGAAGUGUUUUGGGAUUAUGUGAGGUAAUGGUUUGUCAUUAAAUUCUAUUAAAUAGAAUGACUGAACACUUUUGCAAAGCAUUCUGCAGAAUUUUUUCUGAAGUUCAUUCAGGACUGUUAUGGUAUGUACUUUACUUGUGCUUCCUAUAAAUUGUAGAGUGUGUGUGUGUGUGUGUGUGUGUGUGUGUGUGUGUGUGUGUGUGUGUGUGUGUGUCACACUUUGGGAACAACAUGAUUUUUUGGGUGCAGCUGACUAAUGUUUAAGUUCUUAAUGCAUUUAUCAGAAAUCAUUUGAAAGUUUGUAGAGACUAUGGGAAUUGUUAAAUAAAAUAUUAUUUUAUUCAUAAAA